AUGUCCGCCCCUCUCCGCAUUGUCAUGGCCUGCGACGAGGCCGGCGUCCCCUACAAGGACGCUAUCAAAGCAACCCUCGAGAAGAACCCUUUGGUCGCCGAGAUCAUUGACGUUGGCGUCAACUCAUCCUCCGACAAGACCGCCUACCCUCACCCCGCCGUGGAGGGAGCCCAACUCAUCCGGGAGGGCAAGGCAGACCGCGGCCUGUUCAUCUGUGGCACUGGGCUCGGUGUUGCGAUUGCUGCCAACAAAGUGCCCGGCAUCCGGGCCGUCACUGCCCACGACCCCUUCUCCGUCGAGCGUUCCAUUCUCAGCAAUGAUGCACAAGUAUUAUGUAUGGGACAGCGGGUCAUUGGCGUAGAGCUGGCGAAGAAGCUGGCCUCCGACUGGCUCAACUACCGAUUCGACCCCAAGAGUGCAUCCGCAGCCAAGAUCCAGGCUAUCACCGAUUAUGAGAUCCAAUUCCGCGCUGCGUGA